AUGUCCGAAGUCAAGCAGCAGGAGAACGGCGUCAACGUCUACCAGGGCGGUGCCGUCCCCAUGCGCGCCCUCACCCCCGGUGGACACCCGCAGGACAACUCGCAGCCCGCCUUCCCCAUCUACCACCGAAAGUUUGCCAACCCCGCCCCGCUUGGCCUCUUCGGCUUCGCCGCCACCACCUUCACCCUCUCGAUGUACAACAUCGCCGCGCGCGGCGUCGAGUCCCCCAACGUCGUCACCGGCCUUGCCCUUGGCUACGGUGGUCUCGCCCAGUUCCUCGCCGGCAUGUGGGAGUUCGCCGCCGGUAACACGUUCGGUGCUACCGCGUUUGCUUCCUACGGUGGCUUCUGGUUCUCGUACGCCGUCAUCCUGAUUCCCUGGUUCGGUGUGGCCGAAAGCGCUGCCAGCCCUAGCGGUGUGGCCGAGUCGCAGCUCGCCGACGCCCUCGGAAUCUACCUCGCCGCCUGGUUCAUCUUUACUGCCAUCAUGCUCAUCGCCUCGUUCCGCUCCUCGGUCGGACUGGUCUCGCUCUUCUUCUUCCUCGACCUCACCUUCCUGCUGCUCUUUAUCGCCGAGUUCUCGGGCAAGACCGCCGUCAAGACUGCCGGCGGUGCCUUUGGCAUCCUCACCGCUGCCAUCGCCUGGUACGUCGGCGCCGCAGGUCUCCUGACGCCCGACACCAGCUUCUUCACGCUGCCCGUCAUCGAGCUCUCCCGAAAGGACUAG